GAAUUAUCAGUAUUUUGAGCAUAUUAUAAAAGUAAUCUCAAAUGGGAAACAUAACAAAUAAUAAAAAAGAAUGAAAAAGUUGAUGUGGCUGCUGGUGGCAGCAAAUUGGCGGACCCCAUCUUCCAGGUUACAUUCUUGUCGUUUUCCAGCUUCUUAACACAGAGCUAUAAUCUCAUGCACCAAAGAGCAUACUAAUAUCCUAUGUCUCCGAGUAAUAAUCAGCCACGUUUCUAUAAUAGACACAAGUUGGUGUGACACUGACAAGAAAAUAAAUAAGAUUUAUAGAAAGUGGGAACAGAACACAAAAAAAAAGCUGAAACAAAGAGUUCGAGAAAAAUUUCGAUUCUCUUGCUCGUAAAAGCUUCUUUUGAUUCUCUUUGACUCUGUUUUGUGGAUAGCUCCUGAAGAAGAAGAAGAUGAUGGUAGUGAACAGCUUUGAUCUAUGGCAAAAAGAUGUUUUCUUCUCUGCAGCUGAAGAGGUUCAAAAAUCUACAGAUAUAAUGGAGUCUGCUUAUAGAUUGUGGAUUAGAGAGAAGAAAGAUGAGAUUUGUAAGGAACUUCAAGCAGCUUUAGGUACAGCUAAAUGGCAGUUGGAGGAGUUUGAGAAGGCAGUGAGAUUGAGUCAUAAACGGUGUGGGGAUAAUGAUUCUUCAUCCACACGGCAUAAACAGUUUGUUACCGCUAUUGAAAACCAGAUUCAUCGCGUAGAAACUUCUCUGCAAGAAGCUUAUAGUGAAAAUGGGAAAAAGCCUCUCCGUUGGGUUGAUCUUAAUGAAGAAGAGCGUGAUGACUUAGCAAUGUUUCUCUCUGGAUCUUCUCGAACUUCACAGAGUUUUAGUGGUGAGAGCAGCAUCAAGUCGAGAGAGUCUACUAAUAGUUCUCUAGUUGAAAACGUUAUGGAAGUUUCAGCUAAAGUAACAUUCAAGAAAGCUAAAGUUUAUGGUGAUGGCUCUGAGUGUGUCAUAGACAUUGAAGAAAGAGUGACACCUGGCCAAGCAGAGAAAUCAGUUGGGCUGAGAAGAAUAUGGAGUUCACCAAAUUUCAAUUCUUUGAGAAUUAUAGUUCCUGGUGGUGAUAAUGAAGAAGAAAAGGAGACAUUGGUGGCACAAAUAGAAGCGACGCCUAAAGUUAAAGGAACUAAGUCUGUAUUGUGGAUGCAGAGACUUCCUGAUCAUAAUCAGGUGAGUGUGUUGAUAUAUAAGCUUUAGUCAUGGUAGGAGGAAGUAACUUACUUGUUCAGUGUUUUUUUCAGCUCUUUGACAAGACCGGUUGCUUUCAAAAUCCGAUACGCUUACCGUUUAAUCACCCGAUCAAGUUUAUUGUUUCCUUAUUGCUAAUGGUGUUUCUACUAUUACCCUUCGUAGUGUAUUUGUCUUGAGAAUUUUACCACGGUUCGAAACUGUCAAGAAGCUGCUAAAGAGAUCAGCUUUCGCGUCUAAUGGUUAGGAUUCAUAAUCCCACAAGAACAAACAGAGAUUAAAAAGCUUUACAUAUGUUACUUUUAACUUGUUGCUUUGGUUCUUCAGGGAACGUAUAGAAACAUUGAAACGUGUAAGAUUAAGUAAAGGGAUUAGAGUUUAUAUUACGGCUUUGGCUACCGUUGAUAAAGAUGUAAAUGCAAUAUUCGUUUCGUAGAUGUUUGACAAUACAAUGCCAUAAGAAUCAAGAUUUAUGCCAUGUUUUUAUGAACAAUUUCUUAACUACAUUUCAAAAGAGUUUGCUCUCUAAACCAAC